CUGAGCAGUCAGGAGGAGCGUGUGCGGGUCGCCCGGCGCCGCCCGGUCUCCGCUCAGCGGGGCGGGGUCUCAGCCAGACCUGUUGUUGGGAUUUAGGAGCUCCGGGUCCCUCCUGGACUCUGCUGCGUUCUCGGCGGGUCUCCGGAACUUUUCUCGGGUUUUUGGGACUCAGGAGGACCCGAACCAGACCUCUUAGUCCAGGAAACGCCCCCUGAUGAAGACGGUUCCUCUUCCCCCUCCUCAGGUCUCCUCAUCUCAGCAGGUAAAGAGGAGCUGCCAUGUUGGCCUCCUCCAUGUCCUCAUCAGUCCUCCUCCUCCUCCUCCUCCUCCUCCAUCCUUCCCACCCUGCAGAUGCCUCGAUGCAGUGGGUAAAGCUGGAUGGCUCCCCUCUUUCUCACCUGCUGCUGGACCCGGGGACGGGGCAGCUAUAUGUGGGCGGAGUUGACCACCUGUAUCAGCUGACAUCUGACUUGGAGGUGAUGGCACACGUUAAGACCGGCCCUCACCUGGACUCUCCGGAUUGCCUCCCGCCAAUUGUUCCUCAGGACUGCCCCUCCGCCACGCUCACUCAUAACCACAACAAACUGCUGCUGAUGGAGGCGGGGCAAGGGGCGGAGCCAGGGAGCCUGAUUGUCUGUGGUUCAUUGUUCCAAGGAAUCUGUGAGAAGCGGAGUCUCACCAACAUCUCUCAGCUCAUCUACCGGACCUCAAACCCUGUCGACACGCAGUACGUAGCGGCCAACGACCCUCGGGUCUCCACCGUCGGCGUGGUGAUAACCACUCGGAGCAAACAGGAAGCCGCUGGCGGCGAGCUGCGCCUCAUGCUGGUUGGUCGAGGGUACACCAGCAGGGGUCCUGGAGACAUCCCUCCAAUCACAACGCGGCGCCUGUACCCGGUGACUCCGCCCCGCAGAGCCUUCUCCCAGGAGGAGGAGCUGGGGAAGCUGGUUGUGGGAAGUUACUCAGAAUACAACAACCACUUCGUGAAGGCCUUCACCCACGGCGACCACGUCUACUUCCUCUUCUCCCGGCGGGACAUGUGGCAUAAGAAGGAGUACCGGACGUACGCCUCGCGGCUCUGCACCUCCGACCGCAGCUUCUACUCGUACGUGGAGGUGCCGCUGCUCUGCCGGGGCGGCUACAACCUGGCCCAGGGGGCCUGGCUAGGAAACAUCUCAGGUAGACCAGCGCUGUUUGUCGUCAUGGCGGCAGGGCAGGCAUCGACACCUGUAGCAACGAGCCGCUCUGCGCUCUGUAUUUAUGGGAUGGCGGAGCUGGACGGCAUGAUGCAGCGGGCGCAGGAGGCGUGUUACACGGAGGGUGGACGAGGUGGCAGCGGGCAGGAAGAGGCCUACAUCGAGUACGCCGUGUCGUCCAAGUGUCUGAAACUCCCCAAGGACUCGCUCUCUGAGUACCCCUGUGGGGGGGAACACACACCCAACCCCAUCGCCAGCGCCGUACCCCUUGGAGCCCCGCCCACUGUCAGCCUGAACACCCAGCUGACCUCUGUUACGGCCGCAACGGAGGCCGGAGACACCAUCGCCUUCCUGGGAGACCGAGAAGGACGUCUGCACAAGGUGUUGGUGCGCCCUGAUUGGUCAGGUGACCUGUACGGCAGCGUGUCAGUGGACAGGGGCGGAGCCAUCAGUGCUGACCUCCUAUUGGACCAGAACCAGCGGCAUGUCUAUGUUCUGACCAACGAGCGGGUGUCAAAGGUUCCCGUGUCGUCCUGUGAGAGACAGACGGACUGUCGCUCCUGUCUGUCCAUCAGAGACCCGUACUGCGGCUGGUGUGUCCUGGAGGGAAGGUGUUCCCGUAAACAUGAGUGUGAGCGCCAUCUGCUGGCCAACCAUUGGCUGCGGAGUUUUGACCCGACCGACCAGUGCAUCGCAGUGCAGAGCCUGCAGCCGGCCAAUCAGAGCAGAGAGGAGCAGACUCAGGUAACUUUGUCAGUGAUCCAGUUACCUGUCCUACAAGGGACGGAGUCUCUUCUUUGCGUCUUCGGGAACCUCCCCCCUCAGCCGGCCAUUGUCAUGGGAACAGAUCUUACCUGUCACUCACCUGCGCCAAAGCUCCUCCCACCCAUGCCAGCAGGAAGCGAUCACAUGACCCUGCCCGUGUCGCUGACGUUUGGUCACGUGACCAUCACCACGGGAAACAUGACCUUCUACGACUGCGGCGCCGUCAGCCAACUGAACCAGAGCUCCCAGUGUCUGGCAUGCAUCAGCUCCUUCUGGAGGUGUAACUGGUGUCCUCUGGAUCAACUCUGCACCCACAACCAUAGCUGCCCCAACAAGAAGCUCAUCCAGAACCAGAACGAUUCUCCUGGGACAAGUUCAUGCCCUCUGGUCUUCUCUCUGAGAAGUCCUGCUUUAGUACCCAUGGGCCUGAGCACCACUAUUGUGCUGGAAGGUCAGAACCUGGACAUCUACAUGGAUGAAGCUCAGUACAUGUGUGUUGUGGAAAUUGAAGAGAUGCAGUUUAACCUGACAGCUGCUGUGGAGAAAACGGAUGACAACACCAACAUCUUCACCUGUAGCUCCCACCAGUUUCAGUACAGCCUCAGUCAGCUGCAGUAUUCUGCCGCCAUCUACCUGCGCAGAGGACAGAGACGCAUCGAUGCCUCACCUGGACUCAGACUCCACCUGUAUGACUGCUCAGCCGGCCAAUCGGAUUGCUCACAGUGCAGGGCAGUGCCCGAGGAGUACGGUUGUGUGUGGUGUCCCGGAAGCCCCGCCCCCAGCUGUGUUUACAGCCAAUCAUGCUCUAGUUUACCCACAGACACCUGUCCGCCUCCUCAAAUCACACAGGUGCUUCCUGUAUCUGGGCCUUUGGAGGGUGGAGUCCUGGUGACAAUCACAGGGUCCAACCUGGGCACCAGGUACCAGGACGUGGUGGGCGGAGUUAAGGUGGCAAACGUCCCGUGUGUAGCUCAGCCUGAAGGGUACCGGAUCUCCACCAGGGUCGUGUGUGAGCUGCAGCGCAGCGGGAACAACAAAGUGGGUCCUGUUGAGGUUACCGUGGGAACAACUCCACCUGGCCGGUCGACACAGAUGUUCACCUAUCAGGACCCUCAGCUCACUGGUCUGGUUCCAGAUAAAGGUCCGGUUUCUGGGGGAACAAAGCUGACCAUCAAAGGACGACAGCUGCUGACCGGGCAAACCUCAGACCUGACUGCCUUUCUGGGCCCGCAUCCCUGCUACAUUUUGAACGAGGUGACUGAUUCCCAGUUUGUGUGCAAGACCAGUUCUAGUAAUCGGACCGGCGCCGUUCCAGUUCAGGUUUUCUUUGGUAAAGCUGAGCGGACUGGUCCUGACCUUACCUUUCGUUACCUGGACGACCCCAUCAUCACCAAAGCCACACCUGCAGAGAGCUUCUACGCAGGAGGGCGUGUCAUCAAGGUAACGGGCAGGAACCUGGACGUGGUGCAGGAGCCGGUUAUUUCUGUGUGGGUGGAGCCUCUGGAGGUUCAGAGAGUGAAGCGGAGAAGACGACUGGCUCUCCUGACCGCCAGGCAGCAGUUAGUGUUUAACGGCACCAUGGCAACGGUGUCUGAGCGUUGCUCUGUCCUGUCGUCCUCUGAGAUCACGUGCCGGACUCCUGCGGUGAACCCAGAGGUGCGAGUGAAAGGGGUGUGGUUUCAGCUCGACAACGUCAGGGUGCACUACGACAGCAUCGAGGGGAGGAGCUUCACAUAUUAUCCCAACCCUCAGCUCUUCCCGCUGAACCGAGACGCUCCGGAUGCUCCGUACCGCUUCAAACCUGGAGGAGUGAUCGCUGUAGAGGGCCAGGACCUGACCAGAGCCAUGUCCAAGGAUGAAGUCCAGGCCCGUCUAGGUGAACAAGACUGUGAGGUGAAAACUCUGGACAGAACUCACCUGUACUGCGAACCCCCCGAGGUUCAGCCUCUGCGGGGGGACGGCAGCACCGAGCUGCCCAGUCUGAAGGUGUUCAUGGGAAACCUGCAGCUGGACCUGGGACUGGUUCAGUACGACAGCGACUCCUUGCUGUCUCCCAUCCCGUUGGUGGCUCAAAUCAGUCUGGCUGCCGGAGCUGCCGUCAUCAUCCUGUCGGUGCUGGUCGUCAUUCUGAUGUACAGGAGGAAAAGCAAACAGGCCCUCAGAGAUUAUAAGAAGGUUCUGCUGCAGCUGGAAACUCUGGAGAUCAACGUAGGAGAUCAAUGCCGUAAAGAGUUCACAGACCUCAUGACUGAAAUGAUGGACCUCAGCAGUGAUGUGGGAGGACCCGGUCUUCCUCUGCUGGACUACAAGACUUAUGCAGAUAGAAUCUUUUUCCCCGGCCAGCAGACGGCACUGCUGAGCCGCCAACUGGACCUGCCAGAGUCCAGGAGGCAGACGGUGGAGCAGGGCCUCCAGCAGCUCAACAACCUGCUCAACAACAGACUCUUCCUCACCAGGUUCAUCCAUACCCUGGAGGCCCAGCAGGGGUUCUCCCAGAGGGACCGGGGCUACGUAGCCAGUCUGCUCACCAUAGCUCUACACGAUAAGCUGGAGUACUUCACUGAAGUCAUGAAGACGUUACUGCAGGACCUGGUGCAGCAGUAUGUCGCCAAAAACCCCAAACUCAUGCUGCGCCGGACAGAGACGGUUGUGGAGAAGAUGUUAACCAACUGGAUGUCCAUCUGUCUCUAUUCCUUCCUGAAGGAGGUGGCAGGAGAGCCUCUCUACAUGCUCUAUAGAGCCAUAAAGUAUCAGGUGGACAAGGGACCGGUGGACGCUGUGACUGGAAAGGCCAAACGAACGCUCAACGACAGCCAUCUGCUGCGAGAGGACGUCGAUUACUCUGCCAUGACUCUGAACGUCCUGGUGAAGAACGGAGUGGAGGUUCAGCCGUGUCCUGUUAAAGUGCUCGACACCGACACCAUCACACAGGUAAAAGAUAAAAUCCUGGAUCAGGUCUACAGAGGAGCUCCGUUCUCUCAGAGACCAGCGGCUGACAGUCUGGACCUGGAGUGGCGUUCAGGUCAGGCAGGUCACCUGACUCUCUCAGAUGAUGAUGUCACAGCAGUGGUUCACGGUCGUUGGAAGCGGCUCAACACGCUGCAGCACUACAAGGUUCCAGACGGAGCCACGGUCGCUCUGAUCCCUCGAUUUCACAGUUCAGGAGUCAACCAGGUGUUUCAGACCGGAGAAAAAACACCGAUGCUGGAAGGCGAGGAAGAGGAGGGUCUGCGUUUGUGGCACCUGGUGAAGAGCAGCGAAGAUCCUGAAAUUCCAAAACACCGAAAGAGUAGCAUGAGGGAACGGGAGCGAGCCAAGGCCAUACCUGAGAUUUACCUGACCAGACUGCUGUCCAUGAAGGGGACGCUACAGAAGUUUGUGGACGACGUCUUCGUGGCCAUCCUUAGCACCAAACGUCCUCCUCCCAUUGCCGUCCGGUUCUUCUUUGACUUUCUGGACGACAUGGCAGAGAAACAUGGAAUAGACGACCCGGAGACCGUCCACAUCUGGAAGACAAACAGUCUCCCUCUGAGGUUUUGGGUCAACAUCCUGAAGAACCCGCAGUUCGUUCUCGAUGUCCAGGUAACCGACAGCAUUGACGCAGUGCUCUCUGUGAUCGCUCAGACCUUCAUCGACUCGUGCACCACCUCAGAACACAAAGUGGGACGGGACUCACCUGUCAACAAGCUGCUUUAUGCCAGAGAGAUCCCGCGGUACAAACAGCUGGUGGAGAGGUACUACAGCGAUAUCCAUAGCGCUGCAUCGGGAUGUUAUCAGGAGAUGAACUCCACUCUGACUGAGCUGUCCGGGAGCUUUGCCUCAGAGGUGAACGGUCUUGUCGCUCUUCAUGAACUCUAUAAGUACAUCAACAAGUAUUACGACCAGAUCAUCAUGUCCCUGGAGGAAGACAGCUCAGGUCAGAAGAUGCAGUUGGCCUAUCGACUGCAGCAGGUCGCCGCCCUGGUGGAGAACAAAGUCACUGACCUCUGACCUGUGAGUCCUGAGGACGAGGAUGAAGAGACAGGGACUGAAGCAGCGAAGCUGAUUGGACGGCUGCUGUCUCUGUCUGUGUGGGGGACGUUCAGUCUUUUUAGAAUCGGUCUUCCGGGCCCCUCACACGGCAGCAGCUGCCAACUAACAUCAAACUAACGACAAUCCAACCAAUCGGAUCAGGGAACAUCGUCGUCACCUGCUGCCUUGCACUAGAAUUCCCAGAGUUCUCUGCUGAUUGAGUCAAAAGCACAACCUAAAUCGUUUCUUCUCUAAUUGUAUUGAUUCUUGACCUGCUGUUUUGUACGUUUUUCUACUGAAGCCAGCAGAUCGCCAAACAUCCCAGCACUCCUGGGAGCUGUUGGAAGUUUACCGCACGCAAUAACAGAAUCUGAAUCAGGGAGCGUUUUCAUCACGUUUCAGUGUGACUCCACUUUCUGACAGUUCAAUGAUGCAUCGCUCCAGAGCGCUAACCCUCUCCUGAAGCUUUGCUCAUCCAGAAAGGAGGGGCCCUCCAGGAGUCUGGAAACCUUUCCAGUCAGCCAGGGGUCUGGUUAGCCAGGUUCUUCAGGUGGUUCCAUCUGAAUUAACCUAGAAUCUGCUCCAAGUGCAGCAUCUUUGCUCACAGAGUCUAAAGAGAAACACCUGCAAUGAUGAGCCAGAGAUGUAGGUCCUAUUAUUUCAGGUUUCCACAGAACAGAAGCAGACUGGGAGUCUUAGAUCUACUCCUUCAGGUUGUCAUGGAGAACCUUUACUUCUGGUCUGACCAUUAGUCCUGCAGACUAGGCUCUCCUGCCCACUCACAGCUUAGUUUAGAGGUCCUUCUGGCUUGUAGAUCUAGACUUGGACCAAGUUCUGGUUUCCUGUUUGGGGAAAUUCGGGCCUGUUGUUCUCAGAACAGGAAUGGAUGAAUUUAGGUCACGUUCUCCCUUAUCUUCAAAAGCAGCUGUGAGAGGCGAGUCACGCCCUGACGUUCUCGUGUGCUGCGCUGCUCCUCAGUGGGCAUGUGUGGUUUUCAUCGGAUCAUGUGACCUGUGACAGGAAGUGGAGUCCCAGUGCGCUUGGAUCUGAAACGUGAAUGUCGAAGCUGUGGAUUAAUCCAAGCGAUCGACGUCAAGAACAAUCAGAGAUCUGUGUGAGUGUUACUAACUUAUUGUGUGUACAGACUAUUUAUAUUUAUUUAUCCCAGCUGUGCCUUCACUCUGCAGCUAGGGGCCAAUCUAAAGUGUCCCAGUGCAUGAUGGGAAGAUAAAAUCAUUUGAACUGUUCAGGUGAACUCACCUGUGUCCUUCAGCAGGAAGUCAGCCCAGCGCAGAUAAACAGCUGGGGCAUCUGGUUCUAACUGGUUUAACUGGUUCGUUAUGCUAACACCAUAACCCAGAGUCUUCUGGGCCCGCAUGGAUCCUGUGGUACCAUCAGGUCCUCCUGAACCUUAAUGGACUCCUGAGGAACCCUGGUGGGCAGGCCAGUCCUCCUGGGCUCUUCUGUUGGUUUUGCUGUGGUGGGACUGAUGGACAGAGUGGACUGAACCAAGCACAUGGACUCUGGUCCGGCUGUAGAACUGGACCGGACUACUGGACUAGGUUCAGCUGACGCUUUUUCUUCUUCUUCUGCUGCUGUUAUUUCUUCGCCACAUUUUGCUGUUUGUGUUUUUUGGGCCUGUGUUUGACCCGUAGUCGUAGUUCUUUGCUCACUGUAUCUUCUGCAUGAUGAUGAUGAUGAUGAUGAUGAUGAUGAUGAUGAUGAUGACGGUGCUUCUUCUUUGUCCGAACUUUCAAUGUUUACUUUUUAAAUUAAGGGGUGGAGCUUCCACUGAUGACUGAUUCUGAGCUCUGAUUGGUCGAGCUGUUUUUUACAGAAUACCGGAAUUUCAAGCCUGGGGGGGAUCUAAUUGUGUAAAUGUGCCUGUAAAUAUCUGUGAGGAAGACCACGAUGAAGAUUGAUCUAAAAAUGUGCUUUUAAUGUGAAGGGUCACAGAUCAAAAACUUUGUAUCAUAAAAAUAAAGUUCUAAUUUUAAGGCUUGUUCCUAGGUGCCAGUUUGUUCUGCUAUCAGGUCCAGUUCUAUGCUGACGAAUAAAUGAUAGUUUUUUGUUGUCAUCAGGUGUAUGACUGACAGAAAUAAAUAAAAAGGAAGAAUGACUGAAGCAGCAAAA